AUGUCAAAUACCUUCAUCAAAGUGUGAAAAAAUUCCUUUUAAAAACUCGCUUCAAGGAAGAAACAUCUCACAGAAAAUUUAGUAAAAAUAAUAAGUGAAAAAUAAGUGAAACAUAAGUGAAAAAUUAGUGAAAAAUUAGUAAAAAUUUAAACCUCCUCUUCCGUAACAUUUAUUUAAACCGGAAAUAAAAUGAGAAAGCCAUUGGAGUUAGCCGACUUGGAAAUAUCCAAUGACUUGGCAUUCCUGGACGCCAUCUUCGAGAACUUGGAGCUGGACGUGGAGCCGGAAGCCCGCGAUCUGGCCCUCUCCCUCACCUACACCAUCAUCAGGGACCAGCUGGUGGACGCCCAGCGGUUCACAAAGCUAACCAGUCGCGAGAACAUCAUGGUCGAGGACCUGGAGAUGAUCAACGAGGUGCGUUCGGAGGACUUUCGUCGCCGCACCUACCGCCAGAACCCGCUGCGAAAGCUGUGCCCCAUCAAGAAGAGCCUGCCGACGCCGAACAAGGAGGACGGCCUCAUCCUGCCCACCUGGCGCAACUGUCAGGUGGGCGUGACGCCCUGCCUGAAGGCCGACGAGAAGGACGAGCCCGAACCGGAGCUAGAGGCGCUCGACUCGGACAAGGACGGCUCGGACGAUGACGGGGAUCUGGAGACCGAUCCAGAGCUGGACCCAGAUCGCACUCGUCGUAAUGGUUCGUCGUCGCCGGGUCCUUGUAUGGGUCGUGCUGCGGCCAUAUCCGCCAUUACGUCCGCCUAUGAGACCAGGAACUUCCAGUUCCGCCCGCCACCAGCCAGCUACCACAGGAACUGCGGCCGGCCCGUCGUUCCCGUCAAGCAACCCACUCCUCCGACCUCCACCGACGAAGAUGACGAGGACACGGACGAGGACGAGGAUGAGGAGGAUUCUGAUGAAUUCGGUUUCGGGAAUUAUAACGCCGAGACGCCCAAGAAGCGUUCUCUGAGCAGCUCCGAUGACGAGACGGAAAGCUCCCCAGAGCCACCGCCGCCGCCGCCGAAGAGAUCCAAGAAGAGCUCCAAGUCUUCAAAGCCUGAGAGGCUGGAAUAUCCGGAGAAGCCGACCAAGCCGGAGAGGCUGGAGAAGUCGGAGAGGUGGGCCAAGCCGGAUAGGCUGGAGAAGUCGGAAAGGUGGGGCAAGUCGGAGAGGCUGGAGAAGUCGGAAAGGUGGGGCAAGUCGGAGAGGCUGGAGAAGUCGGAGAGGUGGGCCAAGUCGGAGAAGUCGGAGAGGUGGGCCAAGUCUGAGAGGCUGGAGAAGUGGGCCAAGCCGGAGAAGCCCGAGAGGCUGGAGAAGCUAGAGAAGCCGGCCAAGCUGGAGAAGCCAUCCAAAGCACCCGCCAAGCCGCCACCGAAGGCGGUGAAGCCGCCACCCAAGCCAAAGCCGGCAGCAAAGGCGCCAAAGAAUCCUCCCAAGGAGAAGCCCGCAGCCUCGAAGGCCAAGGGCGCCAAGGGAGCUGCCGCACCAUCGCUGCCAUCGCUAUCCGAUGACCCGCUGCCCACACUGCCAUCCCUGCCCUCGCUGUUCGACGACCCAGUGCAGCCAUCGCUGCCGUCGCUAUCCUCUCCCGGGAGUCCUGCGAAGCCAGCCGCUGCUGCGAAGGCGCCGGCGAGGGCUCCACCAAAGAGAGCCGCUCCCGCCAAGACAGCAGGUCCUGCAAAGACGGCAGGUCCUGGGAAGAUGGCAGGUCCUGGGAAAGCAGCCGUAGCUGCGAAGACUGCCCUUGCUUUGAAGGCAGCUCUUGGCAAGCCAACCCCAGUUGUGAAGACUCCUGCUGGGAAGGCAGCCCCCGCUGUGAAGGCGCCCCCUCCCGCCAAGGCACCCCCUCCCGUGAAGGCCACCCCUGUCUCAAGGGCGGCCGCUGCUGUGAGGGCGGCCCUUGCCGCGAAGACAGCCCUUGCUGUGAAGGCAGCUCUUGCGAAGCCUACUCCGAGGCCAGUGCCUCCUCCGAAGCCAGUCCUUGCUUCGAAGCCAGUGCCUCCUGUCAUGGAAGCCCCUCAUAUGAUGGCAGCCCCUCCUGGAGAGACCCUUGCUGUCAGGGCAGCCCCGGCUGUGAAGACGGGCGGCCCGGUGAGGGCUCCUGUCAUGAAGACUCCUUCGGUGAGGGCUCCUCCUGUAAAGAGAGCCGCUCCUCAGAAGAAAGCCCCGCCUGCGAAGAAAGCCUCCAGCAUGAAGCUGCCAGAGUCGCCGCCAGCUCCCUCCAUGCCGAUGCUUCCGCCCAAGUUCAAGAUUGUCUCGGCGCCCAGUUCUUCCUCAUCCCGGACUCGGGCUCGUGCCCUUUCUAUAGCCGCAGCUCCACCUCCUACUCUAGCUCCUAUUCGAGCUCCUAUUCCUGCUCCGGCUCCGGCACGAGCUCCUCCUGCUCGAGCUCAGGCUCCUGCUCCUCCUCCUGCUCGAGCUCAGGCUCCUGCUGCUGCUCCGGUUCGUACUGCCCCUAUUCCUUGCCCCCGCGCCAUGCCCAUUAUGCGUGUGCCUCCCCGUGCCCAGCCUAGUGCCUCCAUUCCUAUUCCCUCCAUCCCCGGUGCCUCCUUUUCUAUACCUUCUAUGCCUAUUGCCUCCAUUCCUAUACCUUCCUUCCCCGGUGCCUCCAUAUCCAUUCCAUCCAUUCCUGGUGCCUCCUUUUCCAUACCUUCCAUACCUGGUGCCUCCAUUUCCAUUCCUUCCAUGCCUAGCUUUUCGGCGCCCCCCAAGUCAGUACCGCCCCCACCACCACCGGCCUUGUCCGCCUUCACCCCGACCUUUGUCGCUGGGCCCAUCCCCUUCACCAUUUCCAUUCCUGCCCAUGCCUUUGACACUGUCCCAGCUCCUGCCCCAGCUCCUGCCCCCGCCCCUGCCCCUAAGCAGGUACCACCUCCUCCUCCUGCUGCGAUGCCUUAUCGAGCCCCUGAAUUCGAAGAUAGCUGUCUGCCUCCCAAGAGACCACGCCUGCGCAUCAUCAGCGCUCCUCCGAUGUCGUGGUCGAACAAGAAACCCAAGCUCAAGAAGCCGGAGGAAAAAAGGGGAGAAAAUCUCCCGGAUAUCUAGACAAGAUUCUUGAGGAAUCAUAAAGCGAACAGAAUCAAGAAACAUCACCUGCUACUGCUACUGAAGACACUCAAAUAAACCCAGAAGACAAUAGAGGAUUUCGUUUCCAACUACACACCCUUAUCCAGACCAGAACCUCGAAGAAACUAAGAAGCCAACAGAGGAUUUCCUUUCCAACUACACACUCGGAAGAGUUCUUGUCCAAAUCCUUGAUCCAUGACAUGAAACCUCUAAGAAGAACCCAACAGGAUAAUCCUGAAACCCGUUUAAGAAGCACUCUAGUCUAGAUCCUUAAAGAAUUCAAACAAAGAAGCAAAGUAAAGAGCCCUCUUCUGAAGAUAAUUUAAGAAACUUAAGGAGGAAGAAGCCAUCAGAGAAUCAAGACACUAUCUAGUACCUCUUACUAUAUAUCCGUAACUAGAAGAUCUCUUUUGAAGAUCCUUAAGAAGCAAGACCCUUUAAUGUUUUCAAUUUUAAUCGAAAGAAGAUCCUUAUGAAGCAAGAACCAAGUCCCACCGAUGCAGUCCCCUUUCAAGACCCCAACUGAGAUCCAAAACAGAAGCCCACACAGAUCAGAAGAAUAGAAUAGUCCUUACCAGAUGUUAGCCUCUAAGGACCUAAAUAAAAUGUUAACCAAACCACUCCAA